UUCCGUCUGCUAACGGGAAAUGGACGAGAUUGACUCAUCUCUAUUUGCAAGAGAACAGCUUUGCUAGAUCUAUUCCUCCGGAAAUAGGGAACUUGACGAGGUUGACCCAUCUCUAUUUGCAAGGAAACAAACUCAACGGACCUAUUCCGUCGGAAAUAGGCAAAUUUAAAGUGGUUGAGCUUGCUGAAUUUACGGGAAAAUAGAUUCGAUGCUGCCAUCCCAUCGGAAAUAGGAGAUCCAUAUAAUCUAGAGAUUCUAGAUUUGAGCUCGAACGACUUGGUGGGGAUAAUCCUUAUUGAACUUGAGAAUUUGAGCAGGUUAAGCCAUCUCCAUCGUCACAACAAUUCUCUUUCUGGCUCGAUUCCCACGUUUAAAAACACUACUUUCUUAGGUCACCUUGACUUAUCAUGCAAUCAUCUCAAGGGCCCAAUUCCAGAUUAAUCUCAGGGUUGCUUUCCCCGACACCUCUUUCAUCGGCAACGAAGCCCACAGGAGAAGGUCCAGCGUUCGUCAUUACAUGACGCUGUUCAUUCCGCUGGCUGCAGUAUUCAUUUGCUGUAUAGUUCUUGGAUCGUGCUUCCCAUUUCGACGUGCCACCAAGAGCGUGCAAUCAGAGACUAGAGAGACAAGUGGAAAUUUCUUGUCAAUAUGGAAUUAUCACGGGAGGAUUGUAUAUGAAGAUGUAAUUAAUGCAACGGAGGACUUUGACAUCAAGUAUUGCAUCGGGACCGGAGGCUAUGGUAGCGUCUACAGAGCUCGAUUGCCCGAUGGGAAAGUCGUGGCACUGAAAAAACUUCACCAUGUCGAAGCAGAGGACCUGUCCUUCGGCAAAAGCUUUCGGAAUGAAGUGAAAUACUUGACAGAAAUAAGGCAUAGGAGCAUACUCAAGCUCCAUGGUUUCUGCUUACAUAGGCAGUGCAUGUUCUUGAUUUACGAAUGCAUGGAAAAUGGGAGUCUUUCCUGUGCUCCGAGAGAUGACGUCAGAGCAGUGGAAUUAGAUUGGUCCAAAAGAGUCGAUCUCAUCCAGGAUACCGCACACGCUUUGUCUUACAUGCACCAUGACUGCGCUCAGCCAAUAAUUCAUCGAGACAUAUCUAGCAACAACAUCUUACUCAGCGGCAAGAUGCGAGCUUUUGUAUCAGAUUUUGGCACCGCAAGACUUCUGGAUCAUGAUUCCUCAUCUAAUUUCAUUGCAAAUAUCCCCGGCACCUAUAGAUAUAUUGUACCAGAGCUCGCAUAUACUUUGGUCGUUAAUGAGAAAUGCGACGUAUAAAGCUUUGGAGUCGUAGCAAUGGAAACAAUGAUGGGCGGGCAUCCAGGAGACAAUUGUAUCUACGUUGCUGACAUCCCUUGGGGAAGAUAUCAUGCUGGAUACAAUCAUAGACCCGCGGUUGCCUUUUUCAAGAGAGAACUCUGUCGGAAGAAUUAUUGUUCUGAUAGUUUCUCUGGCGCUUGCUUGCUUGAGUGCAAACCCAAAGUCCCGACCAAGUAUGAAGCAAGUCUCGGAAGCUUUUCUAGCUCGAAAGUCACCAUUGGCGAGGCCCUUCCAUGAGAUCUCAUUGGAAGGUGGAUCGACAGAAGCUUCAUCGGGAUUAAGCGAUGAGUAAGGGUCAUUGAGUGUUUGUCCAGUAAAGAGAUAGAUUUAAUACAAUGAAGCUGCAAUUUGGUGAAAGUGAUUGAGGUUAUAAAAGUGUAUGGGCUUCUGCAAAUUAUUUAGGUCGUGUUAAACGUUUUCCCGGACUAUGCUAGAGCAGUGAGAAGCAGUAUAUAUAGGA